AUGGCGAGUGAAGCGGUAGAGAAGAAACUAUAUGAUGUUGCCUCAAAAGGGGAUGUAACAACACUUCAACAACUAGUUAAAGAUGAUCCGUAUCUUAUUCAUGGAGUCUCGUUUCCAUGUUCAAGAAAUCUUCUACACAUAGCAGUAAUGCAUGGACACACAACCUUUGUUGAACAAGUGUUGAAGCUCAGUCCACGGCUAGCGCGGAGCUCAGACUCCCAAAAAUCGUCGCCUCUUCACAUUGCAGCAGAUGAAGGGGACCUUGAAAUUGCAAAAAUAUUGGUGUUGGUGGCCCCAGAGAUGUGCUGGUGGCGAGACGAUCAAGGGAUGAACCCGGUCCAUAUUGCAGCUGUGAAAGGGCAUUUUAUGGUAUUGGAGGAGCUGCUUCGACUGGAUCUAUUUCCCGCUCGGGAGAGAGUGCAUCGUGGGCAGACCGUGUUGCACUUGUGCGUGAAACAUUGCCAAAUUGAGACAUUGAAGGUUUUGGUGGAAAAAUUGGGAGACUUAGUUUGUGCAAAGGAUGAUGAUGGAGAGACACUCUUGCAUUUGGCUGUUAGAUCCAAUCAACUUGAGUCAAUGGCCCAACACUUCCCCAAGUUGACCGAUACGACAAUGGUCGUGGUGGUCCUGAUAGCCACAAUGGCGUUCCAGGCGACAGUCAGCCCCCCAGGGGGCGUGUGGCAGGAUGACACGCCAUCACACAAGGCAGGCAAAGCAGUGAUGGCAACCACUCAUCCCAAGGCAUACAAACACUUCAUUGGUGCUACCACCACGGCUUUCAUUUCAGCCUUCGUCACAAUCCUCCUCAUCAGCACCGGAGUGCCACAGGUGAACUUGUUCUUCCUAACUAUCGCAACCUAUUCAAUGUGGGUGGCGAUUACAUCUAUUGGAGUGAGUUUCGGAGUUUCCUUAAUCAUGACCAAUCCCAUGGAAACAAAAUCAGUUGGCCAAAUAGCUGCAAUAGUAGCCUCUGUGUUCGCCAUCGUCUAUAUAUUGCUGUUCCUCUACUUUCCAACUCAUAUGCUGGUUUCAUGGUCGCUUAGAAGAAUACAGAGGUUGAAACAAGAUCUUACAGCCGAUCCCGACAACCUUACCAAACGUGCGCUGGUUUCGACAUAUGUAAGAAUACAGAGUUGUCUACGACUUCUUACAACCGCCCCUGUGAAGAUAUACUCAAUGCUUAAUAUUAGUAACCUUGUCCUCUAG